AUGACACUGGAACUCGAAGGGCUAAUUGCGCGUUUAUUACUGGUUAUCUCAUGCGCUGGUGAACAGGGUCUUUCAAUUUCGCAAUUCAUCGAUGCUGCAAAGUUGGCACUCUCUCCGCCCGACACCACGCUGUCUCUCCAAAGAGACGUAACGCUUCAAGACUCAAUAUUCGUUUUAUCGGACUAUGGAGUCGGCACAAUCUGGAGAUGGCUGGUCCAACGGACAGACAUCUCAAUUGGUCCUCAGAGGAAAUAUAACCAACUAAUGUUUGAAGAGGUACUGGCACUGGAAGAUCUCCGCAAGGAUAGAUAUAACAACCGACAUGGGCAACCCUCUGGCCAUCAAAAUGCGCGCGAGAAUCAUUCGUCUUCCCUAGAACCCAGUGCUCAAGACGAUAUUCGGAUAUACGUCUCUCAGGAAACGAUGUGGGAGGCCAUUACUGGACAUGCAGUAGAUUAUAAGCGUGUGCCUCGUUCCGAAUGGCUUCUGCUUCUUGGAAUCGCUUCAACAAAAGCACAGGGGAUACUUCAAGGUGACCUUGGUCGUCUAGUUGAUCAGGAUAAACGCUCCGUGCCAAAACGAACAGAUGCGCUGGUCAAGAAAGGAUACAUUACAAAACGAACAACGCUUGUUCGGGGAACAAAAACCAGUAAAAUGUGGUUGAAGCUAUUCGCUCCUCCACUCCCAAAAGACAGGAGCGCGACUGCGGAGCCAGAGGCGGAAAUGAACCUAUCCCGCCAAGUCCUUGCCGUCAACCUUGACGCCGUUCCUUGGCACACAAGAUGGACCGGAGAAUCUGUUGACUAUACAGCUUUAGCAACCACCAUAAUGGCAAUUUGUAAGGAAUGGGAUGUUUUACGCAUGCAGGAUUUGAAAUCAAAAUUGGGUGUUCUUGGCAUGCGAUGGCAAAUGAAAGUUGUUUCCAAAGUCUGCAGAUUCCUGAAUGCGCGAGACGCAAUUCGGUAUGUGGCGGCAAGGCUGAACAACAAAGUCUUCAACGAUUGUGUACGGUUUAAUCGGGAUCUCACACCCAAGGACUGGUCCAUAUUUUUGGCAACUGGGAAGCGAGCUGGCAAGCUUUCCAAGACCACUGAAGUAUAUAAUCAAGAUGGCCAAGAUGGUGCCGGUUCUCUUUUGGGCCAGUUUGCCUCCUCGAAAUGCUUAGGCGUCGCUCCACCAUGGUCGGCGGAUCAGCCGCUCGCAGUUAUUAUUGCAAAGAGCAUAAUGGCUUGCGGAGAGGCAGGACUGACGAAUCCGGAUGUAUACGGGCUUACUUUAGGUGUAUCCUUUACACGUUUCUUAUCCUCCUUGACCACGUGCAUUUCCACGCCUAACAUCCAACCUAUUCAGUUACAGUAUCUGCAAGUAAGAAGCGAGCACUCCAGAGCCGGAAAAGUUGCAUCAUAUAGGUACUCCAUGUCAUCUGCCCUACCGGCUAUGCCCGACACUAUGUCGGACACUAUGUCGGCCAAUAGUGAGCGCGAGCGACAGACCAGACAAACCAACAAUCCCGUAUCCUAUGGUUUCCUGCAGGCGGCAUACCCCAUCGGAAGUUCAAAGCUGGCCAACUUAACUCAAUCUAACUUAUCCCAAAGAAGACAGAGAGGCAGACCUCGAAAGAUGAGAUCAGAGCACCCGGCUGAUGCAGAUACUGAUCGCAACAAUAUCCGACUGACGCCUGAUGUUACCGAUGAGGUUCUUAAUCCCCCAAAGGAAGACAGCCAGCCCUGUACAGGAGAUUCAAUGAUCAUCAAGCUGAGACUACCUCAAGAAACGCUUAAGGGGCUAAUGAAUUCAUCUUCUAUACUGGAUGCGCCUACUGAAGAAAUCUCCCUCCGGCACUCCAAACCAUCAUCAACAGAAGUCAUGGAAUGCAGGCCAGUAGAUGGUGAGUUAGACAUAACAGCACCGAAAAUAACUACAUCACAACCUUCUGAUUCGACUAUACCUAUAGAAUCCGCUCAGCUUGCGGGACGGAAACGAGGCCGAGGACGUGGCCGAACUUCUGGCCGCCCUGGUAAUUUGCAAGAAGUUGAGACUUCCAACAAUGACACAGCCAAAGGUAAAAGAUGGAAGUGCGACAAGUGUGAUAAAACCUGGAAAAAUGACAUUGGCCUCAAGUAUCAUCUCGAGCGGUCCCAAACUUCUUGUAAUCCAUCAUAUAGCCCCUCUAAUCUUGAUGGACUUCACCGGGAGAUGAAAUCUACUCUUCGAUUUGCUAGAACAACCGAAUCUACUGAGAAAGUUGUUAAAGUGCCUGCGAAAUUAACGCGCGGCUCACGGUAUGAUGAACCAAUCAAGACGACCAACGAAAAAGAGAGGGCGAAAAGAGGAAGAGAAGAAAAUGAACACGACGCCGCAAAGAUCUCACAGUUCAAGAUCUCCCCAAUAAGAACCAAUGAUGAGGAGAGUAGAUAUUCACAGGUUGCGGUAUCAGCGACUACCCCGAGCCACACCGGUGAGAUUUACGCAAUAAAUCGAUCUUCUAGUGACCAAUCAAUCUCGCAGCAUAGAAAAAUGCUGAAUAUAUCUUCUCUACCCCAGCAACAGGCUAUUCUUAUGCCAGUCGAUAUAAGUCAAUCAAACCAAGUGCUUGAUCUAAAAAAUCGCAAAUAUGAUGUCAAUCAGCUAGAAAAUCUCUCUAACACUCUCGCAUGGCCCAGCUCAGGUUUUUUGCCGUCUGUCAGCGAACUAGAUCUUCAAGACAACUCUAGUGAACGUUUGAAGCCAGCUUCUAAGGUUACUGAUUUAGUUAAAUCUACGGAGAAGACAGAGAUGGAAUUGGUAACAAAUGCAAAAAUUUACGAAUCCGCAUCGAUCAACCUGGAGAGUGAGGGGUUCAAAAAGAAAACUUCUAGAAAUGAGAUAACUGAUCAUAUCUCUUCUCUGCUGAUGGAGAUGCUUAUCGAGCGGAAAGGUGUCCUCCCCGGAGGGCACUCCCUUUGGCGCGCUCUCGCUACCGUAUGGAAUACCAGAUACCCAGAGAAGCCGAUACCGAAGACAAAAGAUUAUCAAUGGGCCCUGAGCCGUAUGCUCAAAGAUAAAGCAGUCUUGGAGCAUUGGCAUGGAUUCCAAGACCACAGCGGCCUGUUCUCUAAAUGUCAAAUCUUAACACUACCACACCUUGAUGCAUUCUCCCCUGAGACCUUGGCUGUUGUCGAGAGCAUUAAAUUGCGACAUCCACAGCCUUUCAUACCUGCGCAAUUUCAACUACCAAGUAGCGAUACUGGACCAGGAGACAGGAAGGAGAAUCGCCGAGGACGCCGUGUGCUUGCUGGCGAAGUUGCUCAACUGGAUGCUCCGGUAUAUGCGGCUCAGGCUUCAGCCAAAAAGCGUCACGGAAUGAUGAGCGACACGAAUAGUCCAAGUAAGCGAAGAAAACCCUUACAAACUAGUAUAAAAAGCCAAGCUCCUACGUCUACACCAACACCGGUAGACGAGAAGUAUCGAGUAAGAUGGGCGUCGAACAACCUGUUAUCCAACAGGAAUAAUUUCCCAAAAUUGAACAUCACUCGCUUAAACCAUGGAGCCAAGGUUCAAUUUCUAACUCCAAAUCGAUUUUUGGAAGAUGAUUGGUGUGUGGACGAUUACGGGGUACCGCAAAGCAUAACUCGGCCUUUUCCAUUUAUUGAUAUGGAAGCUACUCAGCAGCCCACUUUCGCAGCGAAGCCUGCUAUUAUCGAGCCAGUUCAGUGUAUUGCGGGCAAAAAUGGAACCUGGCCAUAUCUUGACCUGCAGUUCUUUGAAGAAAAGGCUAUUAACUCGAAUUUCACAGUGCGUGGAUGGAUGCCUGAUAUAGAGUGGUUUCAUUGGGCCGAUUGGGCCCAGAGUCUUGAGAAACGAAUUUCUGCAAAUGAUAUUGGAAGACAAUACGAUGCUGAAACUGCCCAUGAUACAUUUACGAACAGUUUAUGGGAUUGUCUCAGUGUGGAACUAGCUCAAACAGAACAGUUCGUAAACACUUUGCCGCUGGCCGCUGGCCCCCAUAACAUAUUCAUCAAUCUUUCAGCUGGAUUUGAAAAUGGAACAUCAUCAAUGGCUUUAAAGUGGCAAUCUCAUGAGAAUUUAACCCCUCAAUCAAUUGGCAAAGCUAUGUACGACUUAAGGUCGUUAUCCUCAAGCGAUGACAGCGACUCUGAGCUCGACUUAGAUGCAUUUGAUCCAAACCAUCGAAAGCAUCUCUUGGGCGCUACUGAUAUGAACCAGUCGAAGAUUAAGCGAGUAUCUUUGAUAACUCGCCCGCUCACCUCAAUAUUUCGAAGAGAGACAUAUGCGCUAGAUGAGGUCAGAGGAAUGGGCGCUGCGGAUAGCCCGCUGACCAGCCAGGAAGAACUCUUAGCCGCUUUUAUUGUCGUCCGUGUCCUAUUAGGAGGUGCAGAUAAAGCAAUUGACUGGGGUAUAUUACUUCACAUCUUCCCAAACACCCGCCUUGCCAGUUUGCGCAAAUUCUGGGCGAUGGCAUGCAAAGAGCAGAGACCGCACAUUAAAAAAUUUACGCGAGAUGUCCAGGAGCGAUUGAUUGAAGCCUUUGAGAGCCAUGAGCUCCCUAUGAUUGACUUUGAAGCCCCAGUUCAUUAUGACUGGCGGACACUUAUUAAGUGGGCAACAAGAAUAUCUCGCCAGAAGAACUAUCAAAUCCCCCCCACACGAGAGCUUCUUUCUCAUCGGUUCUCGUUAAUAAAUGCCACGUCAAUCGAAGAAGAUUGGGGGGAGAGAUUUUUCCACGCUCAAUCUUCGAUCUUCUCACGAUUCGAGGCGGUCACAUCAGAACCCGGUGCACUUCGUGUUGAUGGCAUCUUCGAUCAAGGCAAUGAUGCCAGCAAUGUUCAGAGUUUGGGUAUUGCAAGAUCUUGGAUCAAAUCGCUCUGCUGUACUAGCGAAGCGAAAUACUCAGUGCGAAAAAUCAAAGAAAAAUUUCUCACGUUAUCUGGAGACGGGGCAGAACGAAGCUCACUGCUUCUUAAGGAAGCUAUUGUUCAACUCACGAUUCAAAGGGUUAUUUGCAGGAGCAAAAAGACACCACUUGGAGGGAGACCAUACAGGUUAAGUGAGUGGUAUUUGUCAACGCUUAGCAGAGUGGCACAACGCUCAAAAUACCAAGAUGCUGCUGCUUUCAAAACGCAGAUGGAUGACAAAUUUCGCACAGGAGGAGUUUUCGAGAUACCGUACACCCUCAACGAUGGCUCCAUGAUGGCACUGACAAAUUUGAAUGCUGCGGGGAAAAUCAAACUUGUACCCCUAGAUAUACCAAAUAUUCCCUUCGGAUUUGAGCCAGGCAAUUAUGAAAGCCGAAAGUAUCCUAAAUCUUACUAUCAUUUUCGACUCCAGGCAAAACCCACAAAUUUGUACCAGUACAACGAGGAUAUCGCUGUGUUACACGCUGUAGCGUGGGAGGAUUUGCCUAGCACCACGUUGAAAGGAGAAAUUCCACAGUGGAUCGAUUUUUUUGGGAAGAACGAUAACAGGCGGUGGUCUGAUAUUCUCGGGGCCUUUUGUUUUACUUACGCUACGAAGGGCCCCAUGGCGGCUAAGGACGUAUGCAACUCUCUAAGUCCCAUAUUAGAUGAAUUUGAAGCAAAACUUAUCGUAGAAUGGGGGAUAAGGACCAAUGUUUUGGAAGAGGUUAUGGAUGGAUCCUCUGUAACUGUAGGAGAGUGGUGGUGGCUAGCUGUACCAUGGCAGUAUAAUCGGUCACGAGAAUAG